AUGGAGAAGAUACUUGGUGUUGCAGCCCAGGGCAGGCCAAAGACAAAGAUUGUGUGCACUUUGGGACCAUCAUCACGGUCAGUGGACAUGCUAGAGAAGCUUUUAAGGGCAGGGAUGAAUGUUGCUCGCUUCAACUUCUCUCAUGGCACUCAUGUUUACCAUCAACAUACCCUUGAUAAUCUCAGGAUUGCCAUGCACAACACUGGCAUUCCCUGUGCUGUCAUGUUGGACACUAAGGGGCCAGAGAUCCGAACUGGAUUUCUAAAAGAUUCAAAGCCCAUUGAACUCCAGCAGGGUCAGGAGAUUCUCAUCACAACAGACUACAACAUAAAGUGUGAUGAAACUAUGAUCUCUAUGAGCUAUGAGAAGCUAGCUAAAGAUUUGAAGCCACAAAGCGUUAUUCUGUGCGCUGAUGGGUCAAUUAGUCUCACAGUUCUUGAUUGUGACAAGGAAUCGGGUUUGGUUAGGUGUCGUUGUGAAAACUCUGCAGUUCUUGGUGAAAAGAAGAAUGUCAAUCUCCCUGGGGUUGUUGUUGAUCUCCCAACCUUAACAGACAAGGAUGUAGAUGAUAUACUGAACUGGGGAAUUCCAAAUAAGAUUGACAUGAUUGCUUUGUCUUUCGUUCGAAAAGGUUCAGACCUUGUUGAGGUUCGGAAACUGCUGGGAAAGCAUGCAAACAAUAUCCUUCUCAUUUCAAAGGUUGAAAAUCAAGAAGGGAUUGAUAAUUUUGAUGAUAUUCUUGCAAACUCGGAUGGGUUCAUGGUGGCAAGGGGUGACCUAGGAAUGGAAAUUCCAAUUGAAAAGAUAUUCUGGGCUCAGAAAAUGAUGAUCCAAAGCGCCAACAUACAAGGAAAGCCGGUAAUAACAGCCACUCAGAUGCUGGAGUCCAUGACCAAAUCUCCCAGGCCUACGCGUGCUGAAGCCACUGAUGUUGCCAAUGCUGUUCUUGAUGGAACUGACUGUGUGAUGCUCAGUGGAGAAACUGCCGCUGGUGCCUAUCCUGAAAUUGCUGUUCAAACUAUGGCCAAAAUCUGUGCAGAGGCAGAGAAUUUCAUAAAUUAUGGAGACCUUUUUAAGAGGACAGUGGAAGCUGCACCAAUGCUUAUGAGUUCAUUAGAGAAUUUGGCUGCUUCAGCAGUGCACACAGCCCAUUCAAUGAAAGCAACUCUGGUUUUGGUCAUCAGCAAGGGUGGAAACACAGCAAAGCUGGUAGCUAAGUACAGGCCAAGUGUGCCAAUAAUUUCUCUGGUGGUUCCACAGAUAACAAGGGACGUAAUUGACUUGUCAUGGUCUGUUAAUGCUCCACUAACACAUAGCCUUAUUUAUAGGGGUCUGGUGCCUGAUUUAUGCCCAGAAUUGGCAGACAAAGAAGCUAUAGAAUUGGCCAUUCAAAAUGCAAAGGGUCAGGCACUUUGCAAGACUGGAGACUCGGUUGUUGUGUUGCAUGGACUUGACACUGAUUCCAUGAUCAAGAUCUGUACUGUUAAGUGAUGUUUCGGAGGUUAAGGGUACUAAAAUUUUGCAGCAGUAGAAUUUCUUUCCAAGUUUCUUUUUAUUUUACUUCUGGUUAUCUUUGUUGUUGGCCAUUUUAUGGUUUUCCUUCCCUGUGUUAGAAAAACAAUUUGACAUACAUGGUAAUUGAA